UACCAGCUGGAUUUAUUACAAAAUUUUAGGUUUGUCAUUUGCGACACAAAUUAGGAAAUACUAUCUUUCUAAUUUUGUUGUUUUGAGUUCACUGUAGUCAUUUUGAUUUACUAAUUGUGCAUAAUUAAAUCACAUUGUUGAAAAGUGAACUCUGACCUUACAGCAAUGGGUUUUUUUAGUUACGUGUUUGGACCCAAAUUAUAUCAGGAGUAUGGUUUGGAUAAGAGACUUUACGAGCCUGGUGGCUUGGAGCGCUUUGGUGAUCAAAUAAUAUCUACGCUUUCUUUAAUGUGGAAUAUUAGUUAUUAUACGUCACCGUUUAUAGUGACUUUCUUGUAUAAAAGAGGCUAUUUGGUGGCAGAUUCAAUUUCGUCGUUCGCCAAAUUCACUACCAGUAUUGGUAUUAUUGUUGUUAUAACACUGUGUAUCCGUGGUUUCGGUCGUACACAGUCCAAAUCAUAUGUAAAAAUGAUUAGGGCAAUUGAAAUGUCCAAGCUAUCUUCUGAUGAAGAAACAAAGCGUGYACUUCGAAAGUUUGAUUUUGAUUUCAGUUCAUGGCAGGUAGACUUCGAUGCACGUAGUGUGCAAGGAGAUGACAAGAAAAGACAAUUGUUAUCUGCCAGUAGCCGCGACAGCCGUCAAUUGAGAUUUGCUAAUUUACCUUGCAAACUUGCAGCUUAUUUUGCCAUUCACACUUUUGGAAUUAGAAUGAUUUAUCCUGGAUACAUAAAAAUAUUACAAAAUUAUUUAAAUAGUUUUUUGAUAGAAGGACGAGCAAAAUUGGUUGAGGAGCACAAUGCCGUGAGAUACAAAGUAAAAACCGUUGAUUACAAUGAGAUCGACAGCAUUUUUGUAGACAACCGUCAAAACAGCCUAAAUGGCAAUACCCUUGUAAUUUGUUCCGAAGGAAAUGCCGCUUWCUAUGAAAUCGGUAUAAUGAGUACCCCACUCUCGCUAAAAUAUUCGGUAUUAGGUUGGAAUCAUCCUGGUUUUGCCGGUAGCACUGGUGCACCGUAUCCCGAACAAGACAAAAACGGCAUUGAUGCUGUUGUGCAAUUAGCAAUUCAUCGUCUUGGUUUCGCUGUUGAAGACAUCAUUUUGUAUGGUUGGAGUAUUGGUGGUGUGAGCACAUUGUGGGCAUCAAAUUUAUAUCCCGACGUCAAAGGAGUGAUUUUGGACGCAACAUUCGAUGAUAUAUUGUAUCUGGCUCAAUCGCGAAUGCCUGAGAGCUUAUCGGGCAUUGUCAGACUUGCUAUACGAGAAUAUUGCAAUUUAAAUAAUGUGGAAUCUAUACAAAAUUAUAACGGACCAAUAUCUCUUAUACGUCGCACGGAGGAUGAAAUUAUUUCAGAGGAUAAUCGAAUUGAAACAAAUCGUGGCAACUACUUAGUUCUAACUCUUCUAAAGUAUCGUUAUCCGUCAAUAUUUCAAACGAGUCAGCUAACACGGAUGAAGAAACUUCUAUCACGUCCUGUGGAUCCGAAGAACUUUUCAAUAACCAAUGACGGUCUCUGUAUGUCACGGCUCAUAACGUAUGCUUCCGAUCAAGGUAAAUCAUUUCCAAUGCAAAUUGGUAAGGAUUACCCAGAGGAAACGCGCGACCAAAUGGCCGAUUUCUUACUGAGGAAGCAUUUUCGUGACUACAAAUCUACACAUUGCACCCCAUUACCCAAAGAUUAUUUCGACAUUCCUUGGGACAUUCCCACUGAAAACGGUUUUGUUUUUACUUAAUUUACUUUACGAAUUUGCCAUGACAGACGAUGAGCAAAAUCAUUAAUUGUACACAAAGCCGAAAAGUACUAAAUACCGUUACCAUUGCUAGUCGGUAGACAUGUUUUGGUUUUGUAUACGAUGAGUAUGAAGGCAUUUAGUUUUUACUUUAUCAAUAUAUUAUUGUCUAAGUUAGGUAACAAGUUUUAUUUUUUGGAGCG